GCACAUAGGUCACUCUGCGACACAGAACCGCUUCCGUGUUGUGUUUGUUACUGGAAAACAGAAACUGCGUGAGGUGACACAAUUUUCUCUCACUCGUUGGUAAAUACACAGCGAUGCUUUUGUAAACAGCUGGGAAAGAGGAUAUAUAUCAUUGGAUUAUGUCGUUGAUCCCGGGCACGAAGCAAAAGGACAGGCGCAUUUUAUGCGGGAUGUGCCCGGACCCGCAGUGCCAGGCGAAGCUCUUCUUUCCCGCACACACCUCCAUCAGUAUCGAGUGCACCGAGUGCGGCCAGAGACACGAGCAGAAAAACCUCGCGAAUGUGGAAGAGGUGACUGACCCAGAUGUGGUGCUUCAUAACCUGCUGAGGAAUGCUUUGCUUGGUGUGCCGGGCCCUCCCAAAAAGGGCACGGAGCUGGUGAAAGUGAUGGGACUGUCAAACUAUCACUGCAAGCUGCUCUCCCCCAUCCUCACCCGCUACGGUAUGGACAAACAGUCGGGUACUGCUAAACUUUUAAAGGACAUGAACCAGGGAGACAUCUUUGACUGCUCACUUCUAGGUGACAGGGCAUUUCUCAUUGAACAAGAGCACGUGUCCACUGUUGGCUAUGGUAGAGACCGUUCAGGGAGUUUGAUCUACCUGCAUGACACCUUGGAGGAGAUCAAGAAAGCCAACUCGAAUAGAGAGUGUCUCAUCCCCGUGCACGUGGAUGGAGACGGACACUGCCUGGUCCACGCCGUGUCCCGGUCUCUAGUAGGACGUGAGCUCUUCUGGCAUGCCCUCAGAGAAAACCUUAAACUUAACUUCAAGCAGAACCUGGACCGCUACAAAGCUUUAUUCCAGGACUUUAUUGACGCAGCCGAAUGGGAAGAUAUAAUAAAUGAAUGUGACCCCUUAUUCAUCCCUCCGGAGGGCGUGCCGUUGGGCUUGAGGAACAUCCACAUAUUUGGUCUGGCCAAUGUGCUUCACAGACCAAUAAUCCUUUUGGACUCCUUGAGUGGCAUGCGCAGCUCGGGCGAUUACUCCGCCACCUUUCUCCCAGGCCUGGUUCCAGAGGAGCAAUGCAGAGGAAAAGAUGGCACACUGAACAAGCCCAUCUGCAUCGCGUGGAGCAGCUCCGGCAGGAAUCACUAUCUUCCCAUAGUGGGCAUAAAGGGCACGGCGUUACCCCGUUUACCUUCUGCGUUGUUGCCGAAAGCGUGGGGCAUCCCACAAGAGCUGAUCCGGAGAUAUGUGAGUCUGGACUCCGGCGGCAGCUGUGUGAUCGGGGGCGAUCGGAGUCUGCAGGAUAAAUAUUUGCUGCGCCUCGUGGGUGCAAUGGAGGACGUCUUCAUGGACAAGCACGGGAUCCACCCCUCACUAGUUGCAGACGUUCACCAGUACAUAUACAGGCGCACGGGAGUGAUCGGUGUGCAACCUGAGGAGGUCACGGAGGCGGCAAAGAAAUCAGUUCAGGAGGGCCGUCUCCAUCGUUGUUUGGUCUGCAACGCCCUUUCUGAGCUCCACAUGCCAGCCGAGUGGCUCAUACCCGGGGGUAAGCUCUACAACCUGGCCAAAUCCACUCAUGGCACGCUUCGACGUGAUAAAAACUACAGCUUCCCUCUAAAUAGUAUGGUUUGUUCCUACAACCCUGAAAAAGACGUGCUUGUGCCCGAUUAUAAACUAAGCUCCCUCACGGCCUGCACCUGGUGCCACGGAACCUCCGUAAGACGCGUGCAUGGCGACGGCUCUGUUGUUUAUUUGGAUGGAGAUCGUACCAACACGAGUUCGCAAGGGGGGAAAUGUGGAUGCGGCUUCAAGCACUUUUGGGAGGGGAAAGAGUAUGACAAUCUUCCUGAAGCAUUCCCCAUCACUCUGGAGUGGGGCGGUCGUGUGGUGCGCGAGACUGUUUACUGGUUCCAGUACGAAAUGGACCCGUCGCUUAACAGCAACGUUUACGACGUGACCAUGCGGCUCGUCACCAAACACUUCCCCGGUGAGUUCGGCAGCGAGAUCCUGGUGCAGAAAGUGGUAAACACCAUUUUGCAUCACACAGCCAAGAGAAGCCAAGAUGAAUACAAUCCUGUCAACAUAGAGGGCGCUCACGUGCAGAACAGAGUGGAUGGGGCUGAACCGGUCACCCAACCUCCUACCAAAAUCAUCUUGACGGGUCAGAAAGGUAAAACGUUGCAUAAAGAGGAGCUUGUGAUGAGCAGGACCGAACGAGUCUUGCAGCACAGCAUUAGCGAGCAGGCAGCUCUCUCCCAGCGCCGAAGCACGGACCGUGUGCGCCAGCAGAACCCUCGCCCUUCGUCCCCUUCCUCUGCUUCCUCUUCAGCUCCUCCCACUCCCACUAAAGUGCCACCCUCCAGUGGAGAGAAAAAGAUCCGUGUAACGACCAGCGACGGGCGGCAGGCCAUGCUCACGUUGCAACCUCACACCACCUACAGUGACCUGCAGAACUCCAUUAUCCAGGUCUUCAACUUGCCACCCGGCCAGCUGUGCAUCCGCCACGGUUUCCCGCCCAGAGAGCUGCCCCCGCCACACAAAGAGGACCAGAACCAGCAGGUUGGGUUGCAACAUGGCGAUCGCAUUUCUGUAGAAGUGCUGAAAGAGAGCUCGCCCGACGCUCAACUGAGUCAAACUCAGUCUCAUGCACCUGAAACUCAUGACCCACGGCUCAGUCGUGCAAGCAGCAGGGAACUCCAGGACAACAUUGACCUUGAGAUGUCUUCACUUUGUCUCCUAGCAGCACUCUUGGGUGAAGAUGUCUGGUCAUAUGCCAAGAAACUGCCUCACCUGUUCCAGCAAGGAGGAGUCUUCUACAAUAUUGUCAAGAAAGACAUGGGUCUGUUGGACGGGAAGCACUGCACACUGCCCCACUUGUCUGGCAAAACGUUUGUGUUUAAUGCAGCAGAGGAUCGAUUGGAGCUAUGUGUGGACUCAGCUGGUCAUUUUCCAGUAGGCCCUGAUGUAGAGGACCUCGUUCAGGAAGCCCUCUCCCAGCUCCGCACUGAUGCAGCCUCCCGUAGCCAUGAAGGAAGCCCCGCCCACAGCCUACGAUUGGGCUCCGGUGGGGCAGUGCGCAGGAAAGAACAGAGCGUCACCGCCUUCCAGGGAAAAGGUCACUCUCUAGGCUCCGCCCCUCCUGAGCAUCCUCCAAUACGACGACAGCACAGCAGCGGCGUGGAUCUCAGCGGCAGCGUCCGUGGAGAGAGUUUACCUCUGUCGGGUGAAGAGCUGGUGCGUGUGGCCCCAGGCAUGCUUACUCUACGUGAGGGCCACGGCGUGGGGCUGGAGCCCGCUGUGAUCGAGGCCCAACGGCAACGCUUGCAGGAGAUGGUUUCGAGCAUACAAGCGUCAAUGGACAAACACCUGCGCCAGCACUCUGCGACAAGGCAUGAUGGGAAGGAAGAAGAGACUACUGACAAGCAAGAAGAGAUGGAGAGUCAUGGGCCAGAGCCUCCUAGCACUUUUGAGCCCAUGGACCAAUCCUGAUGCUUCAUUAAACUGAGCGAGCUUCCUUCACAGCGUAACACACACGUAUACACACGCAUACACACACACUGUGAUUCAACUAAUCAAUAAUGGUGCCGCCUAAUGCGUCUGUUCAGUGCGAAACGCAUUGCUUAAAUCUUUUCAAGUCUUAAGAUGUGGAACUCAGAGUGGUUAUUUACAGAACGUGUGUUGGCUUUCAUCCACCUUAAGUACAGCUGCACCAAAGUGCACAUAGAUUUAAUAUCACCCGUAAGCUUUGCUAGUAUGCUCAAGCAUAGUUCUUAAGUAAUUCUAAAAAUAAAGUGCACUUUGACCCUUAUGCUCUGAAAAGUCCCUGAAAUCAAAACAAAAACAGCUGUGGUCUUUUCAGCCCCGUGUUUACAUCAGUAAGUGUGUGUGUGUGUGAUUAUUAGGAAACACAUCAGAAUAGACAGCUCAGUGAGGAACUAACCCAGUGUCAGACAUCAGCUUGAUAAUAUGAUUAUUAGCUUGAUUAAUAUGCCCUUGUGCAUGUCCCUUUUCUUUUCAAACAUUGUUCAGUAGGAGGCAAUUCAGAAGCGUUACUUCGCAUUGGAAUGUAAUCUUUUGACAGGUUUUUGUCUAUAGCUACACUGAAUUUAGCCAAGCGGAUGUUAUUUUCAGGGGAAAAAAUUCAGAACUAUAUUUGUCUUGAUUGCCUAUAUCAAUGCAAUGCUGAUGUGAUAUGGUUAGUACGGUCAGACUAUUUUUGUUAAGUAAAACAUACAAAGCAAAAUAAAUCCGUAACCCUAAUUUGUAGAGCUGAUAUUUAAGCAACACAUCCUGAAUAUACCUGAUGUUUAAAAAAGAUGGAAAAUUGUAAAGAUUGCAUUGAAUCCACUUCAUAUCUAUUCAGACCUUGGUGAGCUUUUGCUUUUACCCUGAUGUUGCCAAUAACAGGUGAACAGACCUGUUAACAGCCUUAACAAGACCUGACCCCAGCUUUGAUCUGCAGCGUUUCCCAAUGGUGCCCUAUGUUAGCUAGUUCUGAGAAGACACAGGGCCUGUCCUCGGUUUUAUCUGAGGUUACAGGUGAAGCAUAUUGAAGGUGUUUAGAGGCUCGAUGAGCUUUUGCUUUUUAAUUGAUUGUUUUUUUAUUUUAAGUCAACGACAAUAUCUGUACCAGAGCACUUUUCUGUGUGGGAGUGUUUAUUAGCUCUUAAACAUAUAAUUGAUAUUGUUGGUGUACAGAGCGGCACAAAAGAGAUGUUUUACUGCUUCAUGUAACACAGACUCGAGUGCAGAUUGUUUCUCUGUGACUGCUGCCCUCAUGAUAUAUUGUAUUCUGGUGUACAAUAGUGGUAUAUAUUGUAUUAUACUUUCAGCUGUACAGAUAUUGAAUCUGUUUGUUUUUCUGAUUGUUUUUCCUCUGUUUUUCAAUAAAACAGUUGGAUAAUUCUAUACAGCCGUGGAAUCUGCUGUUUGCAUGCGUGAUUUACUUUUCAGCCUAACAACAAUAAAGUUAUUCCAUCUGUAUGAAA